UUCUCUUCCAUUGCUCUUCUUCUUUCCUCCUUGCUUCAAGUCAUCGUGUUCUCUAGUUCUCAUGAGUUUUAUUGGCUAAAUUUGAUCACUGAUUAUCCAUCUUGGGCAGUGUUCUUUAUCUUGCUUUUUUUCUUGAAAGAGGUGAGUUACGUCGCAGCCGUGAGCAUGGAGAUCACCAAUGUUAUGGAAUAUCAGCCAAUCGCCAAGCAAAAGCUGCCUAAGAUGGUCUAUGACUACUAUGCCUCUGGUGCAGAGGAUGAGUGGACUUUGAACGAGAAUAGGGAAGCAUUCUCUAGGAUUCUGUUUCGUCCACGCAUACUUAUCGAUGUGUCCAGAAUUGACAUGACUACAACUGUGCUUGGUUUCAAGAUAUCAAUGCCAAUUAUGAUUGCUCCCACUGCCAUGCAGAAAAUGGCCCACCCAGAAGGAGAAUAUGCGACUGCAAGGGCAGCAUCAGCAGCUGGCACCAUUAUGACGCUGUCAUCAUGGGCUACUUCCAGCGUUGAGGAGGUUGCUUCGACAGGACCAGGAAUUCGGUUCUUCCAGCUCUAUGUCUACAAAGAUAGGAAUGUAGUUGCACAGCUUGUAAAAAGGGCUGAAAGGGCUGGUUUCAAGGCAAUAGCCCUCACUGUCGAUACUCCAAGACUUGGGCGCAGGGAAGCAGACAUCAAGAACAGAUUUACCUUGCCACCAUUUUUGACACUUAAGAACUUUGAGGGGUUGGACCUUGGCAAGAUGGACGAGACCAAUGACUCUGGGUUGGCAUCUUAUGUGGCUGGACAAAUUGAUCGAUCACUAAGCUGGAAGGAUGUUAAGUGGUUGCAGACAAUCACUUCUAUGCCAAUCUUAGUGAAAGGAGUUCUCACUGCAGAAGAUACAAGGUUGGCCAUACAAAAUGGUGCAGCUGGUAUCAUUGUGUCCAAUCAUGGAGCUCGCCAGCUUGACUAUGUUCCAGCUACUAUCACUGCUCUGGAGGAGGUUGUCAGAGCUGCACAAGGCCGAGUUCCUGUCUUUCUAGAUGGCGGUGUUCGCCGUGGAACAGAUGUAUUCAAGGCUUUAGCUUUGGGAGCCUCUGGUAUAUUUAUUGGAAGACCUGUGGUGUUUUCUUUGGCUGCUGAAGGUGAAGCCGGCGUAAGAAAGGUGCUUCAGAUGCUUCGCAACGAGUUCGAGCUAACUAUGGCAUUAAGCGGUUGCACCUCACUCAAAGCAAUCACUCGCAGCCACAUAGUGACUGAGAGAGACAUGCAUCGCCCUGUAGCCAGGUUAUAAAUCACUCUCCAUCCAAGGACAGAGAGCUACAACACAUAUGCUCUUGUUGUAGGAUGAUUUCAUUUUCAGGAGCCUAUUUGUCCAGGGGACAUAAUUGCAAUGGAUUCCAGGAAUCCUAUAUUUUCAUAUACUGUUAUAAAUGCUGCCUCCACUGUAUAUUCUUGUUAUUAGAUACCUAUUCACCUUAGCAUAAAUUUCAAAUUUUGGAAUUUGAAUC